UGUUUAUCCUGCAGACGGUUUGUUUGAAAUGCUCUCCGACUAGUUAACCUGCUCUCUUUUCCCCUCUUCCUUCCUUCUCAGGCUCGUUUUUCUUUUUACUCUUCCCAGCCGUAAACGCCGAGAGGAGCGUGCAACCUUUGCAUUUUUACCUCCUUCACUCUUUAGCCUUAUUUGUUUUGUUUUUUUUUUGUCUCGUGGUAAUUCAAUCUGAUCUUUUUUUUUUUUUUGGUUGUUGCUGUGAGAGUGUGUUUUCUUCAGCUGAUAACCGUGCAGCACGAACAAAACAAACAAACAACAAAACCCAAAACAAACAAAAGGCUCGGGGAUAUAUUUGUUUUCACGUGCCAUUUGUCAAAAGUCAGUUUUAAACACCGAGCAGCUUGUUCUGCAGACGUUUAUCUGGGGGUGGGGAGGGGGAUUUGUUGCUCGACAGGAGGGAGCACACCGUGAGGAUAUAUAUAUUUUUUUUAAUUCGUAUUAGUCGAGCAUUUGGAGAGCGCCAUGGCGACCGAAGUGGAUACGUGGUCCAGCGCUGCACAGGCCGACGGGAUGUUCUCUUUUGACGACAACCUGGCGGAGGCUAACCGUCCCUACAGCGUUGACGAAGAUCUGAAUGAAUCGGAGGUGAACGGCAACUGGACGCCUCAGGAGAAAGCGCUUCACGAGGCGCGGCUCAAAGCCAAAGCCAAGCGACGCCUGCGCAAGUCCUCAUCCCGCAACUCCACCAGCGAGUCCUUCUCUGAAUCAGGAGAUUUGGUAGGAGGUGACCCACACAGUCCAAAGGGCAAAGUAAACACCAAUGACCGCAAAUCCAGGACGGGCAAAGGCCGAGGCCUGCCAAAGAAAGGUGGAGCAGGUGGUAAAGGAGUUUGGGGGGCUGCUGGGAUGGUUUAUGAAGAUGAGGAGCCUGAUGUACGAGACCCCAACUAUGAUGAAUCUUCUCAGGGGGACACCAUUUAUGCAACCGUUGUGCCAGAGGUAGACGAGAGGGAACUGGAGAAAAUGGUCAACCCAAUUGUACAGGAGUACUUUGAACAUGGAGACACAAAAGAGGUCCAGAUGCUACUGAAGGGGCUCAACCUGGGCCCACAUAAGUACGAGUUCUCCUCCCUGGCCGUGUCCCUGUCCCUGGAAGGCAAGGCCAGCCACAGAGAGCUGACCUCCCGCCUGCUGUCUGAUCUGACGGGCAAGCUGCUGUCACAAAGUGACAUGGCCCGUGCCUUCGACAAGAUCCUCAAAGAGCUGCCAGACCUCAUACUGGACACACCGGAGGCUCCACAGAUGUUGGGCCAGUUUAUAGCCAGAGCCAUAGCGGACCACAUCCUCCCCAUGUCUUUCCUGGACUGUUACAAGGGCAAAGUGGACUGUGAGCAUGCCAGAGUGGCUUUAGACCGUGCCGCAGUGCUGCUGACCAUGAAGAGGGAGAUGGUUCGCCUAGAUAAUGUGUGGGGUGUGGGCGGAGGCCUGAGACCUGUCAAACAUCUCAUCAAAGAGACCAUAGUGAUGGUACUGGAGUCAAAAGGAGACACUGCCAGUCAUAUGAUGAUAAAGCUGCUGAAGUCCUUCUGGAAAACGGGCCUGAUCACUGUGGAUCAGAUGAACAGGGGCUUCCAGCGUGUCUAUGAAGAGCUCCCUGAAAUCAACCUUGAUGUACCACAUGCCCACUCUAUAAUGGAGACCUUUGUGGACCUCUGCUAUCAGGAGUCUGUCAUCACCAAACAGCUGAGGGAUGCCUGUCCCUCCAGAGGGCGGAAGCGUUUUGUAAGCGAAGGAGAUGGAGGAGUGAUCAAGACCUAAUCCACAAGAGGAAGAGCAGGAAGAGGAGGGGUGUCUACAGGUUGUUGCACCCGUGUUGCCGCUCCAGCAUGUUUCCCCUGAAACCGGGCAUGCUGGCAGUGUAAAGUUUCCUUGUUCCUCUCUUAAUGAUGUUGUCAUUAAACAAACCAGCGUUGACGUUCGGUGAAAGUAGACUGAAGUGUGGCCCGGCCAUUCAGUUCCCCUUCAUCUUGUUACUCACUGUUUUGACAUUUUUUUGUAAGAAUAUUCUUUAUUUGUGGGGUUGAUGUGCUCCUCUUGCCUCAGUCUUUGUACCUGUUUUUCAAGAAUAAUUCAAGUAAGAGCGACAGAAAAAUGAGUGGACAAGCUGGGGAGUGUGGGAAAUGAAUUGGGGUGUUUUUGGUUCUUGCUUUGCUUGCUUUGUUGCCAUGUCUGUUUUUCUGUUUUCAUGAAAAAAAUAUAAAUGGAAAAAAAGCACUUAAAAGACAUAGCAUACUUCAGUGAGCACUUAAUAAUUUAGCUCAACAGCAAGGAUCUAAACCUUAUUUUCUGCCACAGAUUAUUUGAAAUAAUUUUCAAAGACAACAUGCUUUAUUAGCCCCUUGUUCAAGUGGUUCUAUUGAUCCUUUACGAACAGUGUUUUUUGUUGUCUUUUUUUUUUUCUUUGGUUCUUGGUCUCUGAGGCCAAAUGUUCACUUUGUAAAGCACGGCAGUCAAAGCAAGUGUUUUGGCUCUGUUUGGGUGUUUAUUUGAAACAUGCAUUAGGGCCAAAUAUACUUUGGGAGCCCUUUUUGAAAAAUAAAACUAAAUUGAGGUUAAUGUGUGUGUAUUAAAAAAAACAACAAAAAAAAUUUAAAUACAUGAAAAAAUUAAACAGCAAUAUUUUGAGCACUCUGACUUUGCUUGCAAUUAAUGGAUCUACAGCUCAUGUGAUCAGCAAUGGACUCUGGACAGGUGACCAAAUCUUCUGUAAAGCAGAAUUUAAAAGCAGAUUUAAUCUGGAAAUUGUCUUCAAACUUGGAAUCUGUAUGUCUGUGAAAUGGAAACCCCACCUUUUCUUGGAGGACGAUAUGUUAAGCAUAUUCAGACUUUUUUGCCACUGUCUGUAACUGUUUUACAUGUUGACCAAAGUAAAUGUGGCUAAGAAAUAUAUUUCAUUCAUUAAAAAAUUCAUUCAUUAAAAAAAUCAAAAUUAA